UGCAGAUAUGAUUUAUAGUUAACUAUGGUAGGCUUAUGUAAACUGCAUUUCCCUUUAUACUGUUGCCAAUGUAUAGAAGGGACAAGGUUCAUAGUAGCUGGAGGGGGAGGAGCUGCCAAGACAGGAGUUAAGAACUGUGUGCAAUUACUUGAAGUAAAUAAAGUGAAGCGAAAAUGCGAAGCCACCACAUUGGAGCAACUAGAUACAGGGAUACAUGCAGUGAUGAAUAUGUCAGCUGUUCCUGUUGGGAAAGGUUGCAAAUGCCAUCCCAGCAUAACGGACAGUGACAAAUAUUUGGUAGCAUUAGGUAUGGGGGCAACUUGUAAAAUAUUUUCAAUAAAAGAAGAAAAAUGUAAAGAAAGUGAAACGAACCAAACAGCUUCAGGUUUAAAAAAAAGGAAAAAAGGAAAAGAAGAGAAGAAGGAGUCCCCUGGUGAAGUUUGUUACAAAACCUCAUUGUUACAUCACAUAGAUACAGCUACUGGAGAUAAAGGGACACAGACUGCUGUGAGACUAAGUCAUAACGGUUCCCUCCUCGUUGCUGGAGCAUCGGAUGGCCACUUGAGGGCUUGGAAGCUUCCUUCCAAAGAACAAAUAUUUGAUUCUAAAGGUCACAAAGAUGACAUCACUGACAUAGAUAUCACAAAUGAUGCGUCACAGAUAGUAUCAGUAUCAAGAGACGGCAAAGCUUUUCUCUGGGAUGCCUCUAGUGGUCAUAAAACAAUGGAACUUCACGUGAUUUGGAACAUGAAGAUGAUAUCAAGAAAUUUUAGGUUCAGGAAUUGCAGAUUUGGUUUGGUCCCAGAAUCCCCUGACAAACUUCGUUUGUUCACGACUCACGUUCCGAUCAAGCGAGACCCCAACAAUAAGGUUCAUUGUUGCAUCACAAAGUGGGCGAAACGACGAAACAGCGAGGGGAAAGAGACGGGGAAUUUGGAACCUGCCAUCGUCCAAAACACGGGACAUGAAGCAAUAUCUGCACUAGCUGUGAGUGAUGAUGGUGUGUUUGUUGGCUUGGGGUUCAUGGAUGGCUCAGUGGGGAUUUAUAUUUCAUUCAAUUUACAGUGCGCCAAACACGUAAAGAACGUUCAUAGCAUCUUUGUGACAUCACUAUCGUUUGUGAAAGAAUCCCCAUUAUCCCGCGUAACAAUGGGUGAUUAUGACACGGCAAUCGUAUCUGUGUCUGCUGAUUGUACUUGCCAACUUACCAAGCUGGAAAGCAGAGCACUUUUCUCGAUCUGGCUGGUUAUUCUGUUGUGUUUCAUUGCUAUUGCUACAACUGCUUAUUAUUUGAACUACUCUGGUCUUCUAUGAUGUCAUAAUACUCUUGUCAUUGUGAUGUAAGAAGGCAACCAAUGACUCAUAAUAAACAUUUAUCUUAUUCUAAAACUCUACAAUAAUUCUUUCUGAUGUCAUAUACAUGAAUGAACAUUCAAAUAUUUAUUAAUUUUAAAACAUUUGAACUGAUUACAUUUUCAUUCUAUAUAUUUUUCCUCUCAAUAUAACUUUAUAGACGUUAUAAAAUCUUAAAAUUAAAACCCGAAUUUUAUUCAUUCCAAACAUGUAUCUUUUUAUAGCAGGGUGGGGAAGAUGGAACACCUUUCCAUGCCAUUUUCUUGUUUCAUUUAGUAGUAAACAAAGAACAUCCAAAGAAUUAUAAAACCGUAUCCUCACAACUCCCAUAGAUCGUUGUUAAUUGUUUAAAAAACAUGAUCAGGAUAUUUGGAUAUUUGGUGCUAAAGGUGUCCCAUCUUACCUCACACUACUAUAACAGUUUCUUAGUUGUUUCAAUUUUAACGACAUAGGAAAUUUGGUCACAAUUUUCACUGAAACUUAUCUAAUGUAAACUGUUUGUGUAUUGAACCCCCUUUACCUUUAUAGAAGCUUCCCCCUAUUUUAAUACUGUGUAAGACCUUUAAAUUAUAUUCUAUAUGGGUGAGGUACAGCAGUGAGGCAUUCCAUGGGAGCUGAGAUUUAGACCAGAGUUGGCCCAUUACCCCAACAUUCUAUAUGCACAUUCUAUUCCAUAUGGGUGAGGUCCUACAGCGAGGCAUACCAUGGGACCUGAGAUUUAGACCAGAGUUGGCCCAUUACCCCAACAUUGUAUAUGCACAUUCUAUUCUAUAUGGGUGAGGUGCAGCAGUGUGGCAUGCCAUGAAACCUGAGAUUUAGACCAGAGUUGGUCCAUUACCCAUAUAAGCCCUUAAAUGUUAUGAUUCUACAAAGCAAAUGAACUAAAAUGCAUAUUUAGAAAUGACCCAUUUACUGGAAGCCCAGUUAAAAUGGCCCACAAUUAAUAUCAGAUGCACACAUACCAUAUUAUUGUGUUAUAAUGUACCAGUUACUGCAUUACGCCCCCUCUCUUAUGACUCCGCCCAUUUUAUUUGAUUGACAGCGCAAUUGCAAUUUUGCCGCUGCAAGUUUUCUUUGCGUUUUAUCCGUUUUUAUGUUUUCACGUGCAAUUAAUUGUAUUUUGGUGGGUUACAGUAGAUUGAAAUGUAGGAUAACACGUGUAUUUGUAGUUCUUAAAGUAAUAGGAAUAAAGUUUAUGUUUAAAUUGAA